AUGUCGAGGUUCGUGUCGGCGGGGGCGAUUAAUGCCGAGACGGGGGAGACUGUGGUUGAGGAUGCGACUACCACGACGACGACGACGACGACGACGACGACGAUGACGACGACGAAUGCCGGCGGUGCUGGAUCUGCGAGCAAGGCUGCUGAGGCGAAGAAGAGCGCCGAGUGGGAGAUUGUGCAGAGGGAGCUCGAUGCGGAGAGGAAGAGGAGGGAGGAGGCGCGGGUGAAGAGCGUUGAGGGCGGGGAGAAGAGUUUGUAUGAUGUUUUGCAGGCUAAUAAAGCCGCGAAACAAGCUGCUUUCGAAGAAGCCAACAAGAUUAAGAACCAGUUCCGGGCGCUGGAUGACGACGAGAUUGAUUUCUUGGACGAGGUGAGGGCUUCCAAGAGGGCUGAGGAGGACAAGGUGAGGAGGGAGACGGAGGAGGGGUUGGCUGCGUUUCGGAGGGCGCAGGGUGGAGGAGGUUCGGGGGUGAAGAGGGCUGGUCAUGGGGACGGGGAGGAGGAGGAGGAGGAGGAGAAUGCUGCGGCGCCGGUGGACGGGGGAGAUGAUGGUGAUGGGGAGUGGGCUUUUGGGCCUAGGAAGAGGAGGAGGAGGGAGAGGGAGAGGGGGUUUGGGGUUAGGAGGGAGAAAGGGAAUGAAGGGAAGGUGGAUGAGAGGAAGGUUGGUGAGAAGGGUGAUGGGUUGGAGAAGAUUGGUGGAAAAGGGGGUACAUCUGUGCCUGCGGCUGCGACUACGACUACAGCUGCAGCUACACCUGCACCUGCGCCGCUUAAGGGGAAGCCGAGUCUUGUUGCUUAUGGAUCUGAUUCGGAUGAUGAUUGA